AUGAAGAAGUCUCAAUCCAGGCUUAGCUCUCUCUCUCUCUCUCUCUCUCAUUUCAAGUCUUACCCCAAAGGAAGUGGGUAUGAGGUGAGUUGCAUUAACUUAAAGGACCACAGAGAUGAAAUGCAAAGCAGGAAGCGCCAUACCAUCGAUGCUGAAGGGAGACACACUUGUCUCAUGUGAGUAGACAUGACAAAAACAGCUCUCCUUAAACUAUUUGUGGCAAUAGUGAUCACAUUCAUUUUAAUUUUGCCAGAAUACUUCAAGACACCAAAAGGAAGAACAUUGGAGCUAUCCUGUCUGGAAGUGAGUUUGCAAUCUAAUUUCAAUGAUUCACUCUCCUCCUUAAAUUUUUCUUUUGUGAUUUUUCUGCAACCAGUAAGGGAAACUCAGACUAUUAUGGGAAUCUUUCCAAAUCACUCCAAUUUUCAAAACUUCACUAAGAUUUGCCAAAACAUCACAAGUGAAUUUAAAACGUGCUUCUUGUUUAUGAUUUGUGAGUCCAAAGGAAAUAUGGAUUUCAUUUCUCAGGAACAAACAUCAAAAGGUCUUAUCAUGAGAGGAUCAAUGGAAGGAAAAGCAAAUGAUUUUUAUUCAGCUUGUCAACAUUUUAACUUCACUGUAAUUCCUGUAGUUGAACAAUGGGAGGAAAAUAACACUGCCUGUAAUCUAAAAACUCACACUAGAAAAUCAAUAAUUGUGGAGGAAGAUCCAACCAAGGAAAGGCCUAUAAACUAUACCUGUAGAACUAUGGAAUAUCCAGACAACUGUAUUCACAUUUAUUUGUACAUGGAAAUGGAUGUAAAAAAUGUCACUUGUGCCAUGAAGAUCACUUGGUACAUUUUAGUUCUAUUAGUUUUUGUAUUUUUGAUCAUCCUCAUUAUCCACAAAAUACUUGAAGGCCAUAGGAGAGUGCAGAAUUGGCAAAGUCACAAGUACAAGCCUACAUCUGUUCUCUUAAGAGGAAGUGAUUGUGAGAAACUAAGAGCAUUGAACGUGCGGGUUAUUUCAGAGCCAGCACGGAGGCGGCCCUUGGCUCAGGUGAAGGAAGUGCUUCCUCCAAUACCAGAACUAGAAGUUGCUUCCUCCGUGCUUCAGCAAGAUCAGUAUACACGCCUAUCCCUGGGCAAUCUGGACUGAACCAUACUGAAGAAUACUUAUGAUUUUAUUUUGGGAAUGAGGAGGCUGGUAACUGCUUGGGUCCAGCUGAGGAUGCACAAUAGGACAGCAGUAGGGGUGUGGACUGGCUGAUGAGAACCAGCUGGAAAAUAUUCAUUUGACCCACAAGAGCAAGGAAACGAGAGUUUUCGUGGAGCCAGUGUGAGUCAUGGAAAACAAGCUGAUAAAACCCAUGGCAAGAACAUGAGAACCCAUAUGCACUUUGAAUCCAUCAUUCUGCAGCUAAGAGUGCACCCAAGGGCUGAGUUUUGAGGAGCCGAGAAUGGUCAAGGAUGAAAAUCCUUUCCUUUAUGGUCUACAUUGCAGAUGCUGAGUGGAUGAUUUUUCCUCUACAGAUGACUAGUGUCUAUUUGGCAAAUUACUUAAGAGGGCUUGCUUUGCUUGUUAAUACAUUUAUUUUCAUUUAUGAAUCUUGCCUCUCUUUGGCAGUGGGAUAUUUUUAAAAAAUUCAAG